CAGGACGCGGAGCCCGGAGAAGGACUUGAACCGCGGGCUGCUCCUGCUGCGCUGCGGCCGAGGAUGGGCCGCGAGUGCGGGGCUCAGGGAGGCGGAGGAGGCGGUGCCGGCGAGCAGAUGAAUUAAAAUGCAGCACACAACGUGCACAGAGGACAGGAUCCACCAUGCAUUGGAGAGGUGCCUCCAUGGCCUCAGCAAAAGCGCUGUAUCUGCUAGUACUUGGACAGCUGGACUUUGUCUGAACUGCUGGAGUCUGCAAGAGCUGGUUAGUCGUGAGGCAGGGAACUACUUCAUCCUCCUGGAGAAAAUCCUGCAAAAGACCCAAGAGGUCCAAGAGAAAUGCAACUACGAUCUCUUUGCUCCAUUGGCCUUGCUCUUCAGCGCAGCUGUCCUGUGUAUCCCCCACUUUCCUUCCAAUUCUGAUUUGCUUCUGAGAGCCAUGAAGACAUACCGUGGCUUCCUCACCUGGCCUGUGCCGUACUGCGACAUCUGCCGGGAGCUACUGACCUUCAUCAGCAAUGAACUCAAGGCCCCAGGAAUUUCAUAUCAACGACUGGUUAGGGCAGAGCAGGGGCUGCCUUCGAAGAGCUGUGAGAGUUCCACUGUAACAGUCCUGUUGUUGAACCCGUCGGAGGUUGAUGGGGAAUUUCUAUCAGUUGCUGAGAAGCUGAGUGCCACAGAGCAUUCCCAGCAUGCGCUCCUGCUGAUGCUUGUAGAGCAUAUCUACCAAGCUAACUUCGGGACCAAAUGUGACCUGGGAAGAUUACGUCAAGUUCUGAAGCUGAAGCCUGUGGAAGAGCUCCUGGAGAUAUUUGCCAGGACCACGGAAGCCCAGGAGAUGGCAGCUGUGACCAGCAAUGACCCUUCCGCGACCAGAGAGCAGCUGGAAUCAGCCUUGCUGGAAAUUGCAAAGGCAGCAGGACUGCCUGAAAUCACAGGGAAAGGCCAGCCAAACAAGCUCCACCUGAUCCCCAUCCCUGUUGCCCGCUGUUACACCUACAGAUGGGAUAAAGAUAAUUUUGACAUCUUGAACGAGAUAAUAGACAAAGAAGGGGACUACCCGAAACCAGUCGUUUUGGAAGAUGAGGAGGAAGAAGAGGAGGAGGAGGAGGAGGCGGAGGAGGUCAACAGCUGCUUUUCAGAAAGAGGGUCUUUGCUGUCUACCCUUUCCUCUGUCUCCAAAGGCUCUGUGUAUUCAGCAUUGUGGGAGGGUAGCCCACGAGACUCACAGGUGUCGGUUCUCUCCACGCUUUCUAAAGACUCUGAGCUCUCGCUGGCCUCUAAAAAGUCCUUGACGUCUUUCGUCUCUAGCCUGAAGAACUGCAUGGAUAGUGGCUAUAUGGAGGACAGUGAUGAGAGCGCUCUUGAAUUGAUGGGCCGCUUGGACCUAAAGGAGGAGAAAGUAUCUCCCCGGCAUCGGCUGAGCAACAGAAUCUACAAGUUGUUCAAGAGCAAGAGCCAGCUGAUCCUCAGCAGAGAGCUGAGGGAUGUUUCCGAGGUCGCCUCGCUGUCGCUGCCUUUGCGCCGGGCAGAGAGCCUGUGCAACCCCGUGGCCAGGGAACGCAUCCCGGCACGCUCCCGGCGGGCCCAGUCUCUACCGCAACAUGUGCUGAGCGCCACGCUUUCACAGAAUCACGCGCCACAGAAUACCUGCAUCCAGCGCAGACCCUUCUUGAGCUGUGACGAGGAUACAAAGAUCUCGACGCUGCGAGUGGUUGUGUUUGGUUCUGACCGCAUUUUGGGGAAAGUGGCCCGGGCUUACAGCAACCUGAAAGCUCAAGAAAGCAGCUGCCCCUGGCUGACUCGGUACUUCAGACUGAAGUUUUACUAUGUCCCUGUGAAGAGGAAUGGUCCUACCUCAUCUGCACUGACCUACCUUCCUCCUUCCUCUCCUGCUUUAGGAGAGCCUCAUUCUCGUGUCUCUGGAUCGAUGGAUCCUGGUUUGGCAGGGAAGGAGAACAGCACAAAUGAUAUCUCACUCUACAUAGGUAUGCUGGAUCCAUGGUACGAGCGCAAUGUUCUUGGGCUAAUGAACCUCCCCACGGAUGUUCUAUGCCAGCAAUCCGUCAAACCCGAGGGGGAACUCCCAGAGGAAACGGCAGAGCAGCUUCCCAUCCUCGCUGACAUGAUUCUUUACUACUGUCGCUUUGCUACCCACCCGGCGCUGCUGCAGGUUUACCAGACCGAGCUCACCUUCAUUGGGGGAGAGAAGAAGACCGAGAUCUUUAUCCACUCCCUAGAGCUGGGACACUCUGCAGCCACACGGGCCAUCAAAGCCUCAGGACCAGGUAGCAAGCGCCUGGGCAUUGACGGAGACAGAGAAGCAAUCCCGCUAACACUACAGAUCGCCUUCAGCAAGAGAGCCGUCAGUGGAAGGAGCCGCUGGAAUGACGUUGAGAAAAUCUGUACAUCCGUCAACCUCAGCAAAGCUUGUAAGAGGCAAGAAGAGCUCGGUUCAAAAACAGAAUGUUUGACUCUGACUGCAACAGAGGUAAUCAAGAGGCAAAGCUCCAAGUCUAAGAAGAGUUUCAAUCAGCAAAUCAGCGUGUCUCAGAUGAAAGUGGACAAAGUUGAGAUCAUUGGGAUCAACUGUUCCUUUGCUGUGUGCCUGGACCAAGAUGAACGGAAGAUUCUGCAGAGUGUCACCAGGUGUCAAGUCUCUGCAUGCUACAAACCCAAGAUGAGUGAGCCAUGCGUUGGGGGGAAGCCGUUUUCACUUCUCCCUUCCCAAGAUUCCUCUGAUUUCUGCUCUCUUCUGUGCUUGCCCAUCGCCACUUUCAGUGGGGCACUGCCCUAAGGAAGUGAGAAAGGAUGGACUGAAUGACCCUGUCCUAGUGCUGAUCAAAGUUGGUGCCAGGUGCUCCAUUGGCCAGGACUAGCUGCCAGAUUCUGCCUGGAAGAGGAAAGCCGUUGUGUGUGUCUGCGUGUCUCCCCACUGCACCCGCUGGAUGGCUUGGCUUCAGCAGGAUCAACCUUCCCAGACUUGGGAAACUAGCACUUGAUGCUGAUGGAAUGGAAGGGCUUUUUGUUAUGGGAAAGACUAAUGCGCAGCACCUCUGUCUGUGUUUUUUCCCCAUAAGUGACUGCAGAGAGAGAGAGAGAGAUUGCAGAUGUAGGAAUGAAAGUGAUGGAGACAGAAAUACAGCAAAGAAGAAGUGGAAAGGCUUAAACUCACCAGUUUGUGCUAAAGUACUGAGAAACUUCAUUUAGGUGGAGAGAAUUGCAGCAUUCUCUACCCCUUUUAAACAAGGCUGUCUCAGCAUAAUUGAUGCAAGUGGUACUUCUCACCCAGCAAACCCAUCCAAAUCAACAGAGGCUGUGCUUUUAACAUGGCCAGAGCUGAACAGAGUUUGUGCGCUUAAGGUUUGCUGCCCUUCAUACAUUGCUGCGGCCACAGCGCUUUUGCACCCUGACUUUUAGAAUUUUGUUUGGUUAG